CGCGGUCCGUCCCGUAUACUAACAGCCACCACUCGGAUCGCAUCCUAUUUAUCUCCAAAAUAAACCGAACAACAGAAACCAAAACGAGCACUGCCGCCGCCUCCCUUACUCACAGACAUGGCUGCUUCUUCCUCACUCCUCCACCCCUCUUUCGCUUCUUCUCUCACCUACAAACGUAAACGGUUCCAUCAAAAUCCUAAACCUCCCACUUCUCGUCUUUCUCCUACCGUAAUUUCUUGCACCUCUUCUACGCUUGAUCCCUCCUCUUCGUCCAACAAUACGCCUGCGGUAACCAAGCACCGCCGCCCUGCCGACGAGAACAUCCGCGAUGAGGCUCGCCGUCAACGCUCCUCAGCUGCGAAUACUUUUUCAGCUAAGUACGUCCCGUUUAACGCCGGGCCGGACUCCCGUGAGUGGUACUCCCUUGACGAGAUCGUGUACAGGAGUCGGUCCGGUGGCCUCCUCGAUGUCCAGCACGACAUGGAAGCUCUGAAGAAGUUUGACGGUGCUUACUGGCGCGACCUGUUCGACUCGCGCGUGGGGAAGACCACGUGGCCUUACGGUUCGGGAGUGUGGUCUAAGAAGGAAUGGGUGUUGCCGGAGAUUGAUCCUGACGACAUAGUGUCUGCUUUCGAAGGGAACUCGAAUCUGUUUUGGGCUGAGCGUUUUGGCAAACAGUUUCUGGGCAUGAAUGAUCUGUGGGUUAAGCACUGCGGCAUUAGCCACACUGGCAGUUUUAAGGAUCUGGGCAUGACUGUUCUGGUCAGCCAAGUGAACCGUUUGCGCAAAAUGAAACGGCCUGUCGUUGGAGUUGGCUGCGCUUCCACUGGAGACACCUCAGCGGCUCUCUCGGCCUAUUGCGCGUCGGCAGGAAUUCCAUCGAUUGUCUUCUUGCCCGCAAACAAGAUCUCAAUUGCACAAUUGGUGCAGCCAAUUGCAAAUGGAGCAUUUGUAUUGAGUAUAGAUACAGAUUUCGAUGGGUGCAUGAAACUAAUCCGCGAGGUUACAUCGGAAUUGCCCAUUUAUUUGGCGAAUUCUUUGAAUAGUUUGAGGCUUGAAGGGCAAAAAACUGCUGCAAUUGAGAUUUUGCAGCAGUUUGAUUGGGAAGUCCCGGAUUGGGUUAUAGUUCCCGGCGGUAAUUUAGGGAAUAUAUAUGCCUUUUAUAAAGGUUUCAAAAUGUGUCAUGAGUUGGGGCUUGUUAGCAGAAUACCGAGGCUAGUUUGUGCUCAAGCAGCAAAUGCUAAUCCGCUAUACUUGUAUUACAAGUCAGGAUGGGAAGAGUUUAAGCCUGUGAAAGCGAAUUCUACUUUUGCUUCGGCUAUACAGAUUGGAGACCCGGUUUCUAUAGACAGAGCUGUGUAUGCUUUGAAGAAUUCGAAUGGUAUUGUUGAGGAAGCCACAGAGGAAGAGUUGAUGGAUGCAAUGGCUCAAGCUGAUUCCACUGGGAUGUUUAUAUGCCCUCAUACUGGGGUUGCACUGACAGCCUUGAUUAAGCUUAGGAAUAGUGGGGUUAUUGGGGCUAUGGAUAGGACAGUAGUGGUGAGCACAGCUCAUGGCUUGAAAUUUACUCAGUCUAAGGUUGAUUACCAUUCCAAAGCAAUACCAGAUAUGGCUUGCAGGUUUGCUAAUCCACCUGUACAAGUUAAGGCAGAUUUUGGGGCCGUGAUGGAUGUUUUGAAGAGGUAUUUGGGCAACAAGGCUCCUAAAUAAUCUGUUCGGUGACAUUGUUGGAUGAUGGUUUUUUUUGGUCAUAUAGGUUGUUGUGAGUGGGAAUCUCCCAAAGCCGCGGUUUUCUUUUUUGGAAUUAUAAGCAUUACCCUUUAGAGAAGUUAACAAUUUGCCGCAGUGAGCUACUAAUUGGCAUGCUUGUAAACUCUUUUUUUUUUUUUUGCGCCGGGGUGGGUGUUUGGGUGGGGACUUGGGACUGGGGACUGGGAAGGUAAGGGGCAGAGCCAAGUUAAAUGGGGACAAGUGCUUUCAUGCAGACUUGGAAUCUUUGUGGUAAUCUAAAAUAAUAUGCUUUCA